UAUAGAAAGAGACCUUCUAAGAAUGUUAAAAUGUAUUACUGGCACGCGAAACCUUAAAUUAGAGUGAAUAAAUGAAGACUCGGCACAUCGCUUCUGAAAGGUUGCUGACCCCUGGGAUAGACUGUCAAGCACAAAUGAGAAAGUGACCAUAAAUACUUGUGGAAAGGGAAUGCCUGAAAUUCAAAAGGGGAAGAGGGGGUGACAAAUAAUUUGUAAACCAUGUAUUAAAUGUGUCUCUCUGUUCCCCAAACUGUACAUAAAUUAAGGCUGUGUGACAGAGUGUAUACCCCAUCCUGGCUCUGAAAGAUGCGAAUUAACAUCUGGCUGCACCAAAGGGUGGACCAGGCCUAAUUAAAGAUGCACCCCAGCUGGGCAAGGAUGAUGAUAAAGAAAGGAAGCACAGUAUUAGAAGGACUGUAGGGAAGGAACCAUAUAGUUCUUCUCUGGGGAGUGGAAAGUGGGAGGCUUAAGGAAAAUACCUAGGGGCAGAUUUGAUUUUGGGAUUGGGAAAUCUGGGAAGAAGUGGGAGAGAUCUAAUAAAUGGGCAGGAUCUGGACUUCAAGGGAAAGAGUCCAGGAAGCUAUUCAGUGGAGGAAUAGAGCAAGGGAAAUUUAGAGUUGUGAAAAGUUGAGAUGGAAGAAGUUGGUUUAGGAUUUUAUUGGGGGAUUAAGCGUCCUAGGAAUCCCAGCCCUGAAAAAAGGCUGAAAUUAGAGGCUAUAGAGAGGCCUGCUGACAGGCUAUAGUAGGAAGUCCAAGGAGGCAGCAGCAAGGUCUCUAAAGAAUGCUGGUUAUAGGAUCCCUGGAUGGGAGUCCUAUAUAAUGGGAGGGCUUUCGUUCCCCUCCUAGCCACUGGGGAAGGGGGUGAGUGAGACCCCCGCUGUAGUGUAGGGGGUAAGAUUUUAAAGCCCUGAGAAUAGUUCAGAGUAGAUCAGAAUAAGGCCAGGGCCUGUUAUUGUUGGACUCAGUUACCUUAGAAUUAGUGGGAUUAAACGUGAGGGGGGCAGAGAUUUGAGUCAUGAGAGGAUGCCCACAGUGCUGGAAUAGCUGCGAGCAAAAAAGCACUAGAUGAGAGCCUAGCUACCGGGGCGGGUUUGCGAGCAGUGCUGUUGGAGCGCUAAUUCCCUGUUGUGCAAUUUUCCCAUUUUGACUCGAGCUGAAGUGUGCAGCUACUGGUUUUAUAGCGGUAACGGGAUCCCUGCAUUCAGUGAGUCACCCCGCCACAGUUAUUCCUGCUGCCACUUGUUUACAUUUCAUCAAAGAUUAAUUGGGGUGAUGUGUGAUCAGGGAUAAAUUAUUCCUAACCCCCCCGCCGGGAAGCUGGCGCAGGCGGUCCGCCGGGUACGGAUUCCCUCAGAAGCGAGCAGAAGGCGGCGCCCUCGUUUAGAAGGGCGCACUGGCAGCUUCCCGGGUGGCGAUGGUGUCCCCGCCCCACAGCACGAAAUAGAGAAGCCGGCUCUAGCCACUGCCCCCGCCUGGGCCUGGCGCGCAGCCCCGACUCUCGCGCGCUCUCCCUCGCGGGGACGCGCUCCGGCCGCGGGCACGACCAGCGCGUCGUGCACAGCUCCCCCUGCGGGGGUUGCCAAGGGGGAGCGGCGGCGGCGGCGUCCCGCGUUGCUAAGGUUCCCGCCAGGCCAGGCGCCGCGCGCGCUUCUCCCGGUUGGGCCGCGGGACUCCCUCCCUUCGCCGCCACGACCGGCCAGAGCGGAGCCUGGCCCCCUAUGGAAGCUCCCACCUCGCCGCCAGGCUGUAUUUAAUUUUAGACACUGCAGAAAGGAACGAUUGGAGAAUGCUGAGGUCUGUCAAAAAAACAUUACCUAGAAAUGAACAAGCAGAUGAGACAACCUACUUAGCAAAUUUAGCAGUACAGAGAAAUGCCAGUGCCUUCUUUGACAAAUUUGACCGAAGUGAAUUACAGGAAUUACUUACCACUACCUCUUGUAGCUGGCUGGCUUCUAAAGAUGACCUACACCUGCCAUUAGAACUUCCCAGUGGACUUAUGGGUCAGCUAAAAAACAUAAGUUCCCCAACUGCAAUUUUCCUAGCACCAGUGGUGCCAGAUGUACCUUUGGACUGUAAAGAAGUUCAUCAGAUUUUGAGAGAAUUGGCUGUAGGAAUUUACUGUUUAAACCAAAUUCCUUCCAUCAGCUUAGAUUCCAAUUACGAUCACAGCACAUCUUGUCAGCUUCCUCCAGCUUACAUUGACACCAGAAUUGGACAAAUCUUGAUCAGCGUUGACUACAUGUUAAAAGCACUGUGGCAUGGUGUGUAUAUGCCCAAAGAGAAGCGUGUCAGGUUCUCUGAAUUGUGGCGUUCCAGUAUGGAUAUUGAUAUGGAUGGGAAUCCGCAAACAGAAAAAAAUAUUUUUUCAGAGUUUUGUUCAGCAGGUCUAAUUGAUCUUUCCAAUGAACCAGAUUUUGAGGGAAUCUAUGAUGAAAACAUGAAUGAAGAUCCAACUUAUGACCCUAACAGUGCACAAGAAAAAAAUCUCUUUAUGCAGUAUGCAGACAAUAUACUAUUUAAGUUGACAUUUGGUACUAUACAAGUUCAGCAGCAUGAAAAUGUGUGUAAAUUUGAUGCAGCAUAUGUGCUUUCUAAUGUGAUAAGAUUGACUGAGGAUCACCUUGACACAGUAACAUACCAAAGGUUGCAGCAGAGACUAAUUCUUCAGCAAAAACUCGUGAAGAAGCACUUAGAGAAAAAAGCAGAAAUCCGUAAGAAUAUUGAAUAUCUAAAAAUAGUGAGCUUUCUGAUUCCAUUUUUACUUGGCUUAAAAAGAAAGAUGAAAAUUCCAAAUUUAAAUCAGCUUCUUCAACCAUAUUCAGAUGAUAAAGUUAAGACUGAACGAGAAUUGCCUCCAUUUGUGUUUGGGCCAGAUUUUAAAUGCCAACAUUUUCAUUACAUAAAGAAUGAGUAUUUUCAUGUUCAUGGAGGAAUUGAAUUUGAUGUUGGUACACCUUCUCUUGAGGAUGUUUCAGAAAAGAUAAAGGCCGUCUUUGAUGACAUACAGAUUUGUGCAUCAAACCAUGUAGCCCAGUUGUUAGACCCGGAUAUACCAUACAGAGAACAUUAUUCCAUACCAACCAUGGAAUUUGAUGGAAAGAGCUACUAUGUGAUCUCCAUUGAAUUGGAAACUUUUUAUCAGCAGCUAUAUAAGACCCCAUGGUGGGGAGCCAUAAAUGAAAUAAUAAGCACUCUGAAGCCUAAAAGGCUUCCAUUAACUGAUAUCCAGUCACUGGAGCAAUUCAAGAAAAGAUUUGGUUAUAAGAAAGCUAUUAAAUGCAAGAGUUUACCUUAUGGUAUGAAGUCUGCUGCUGAGAGAGGACUAUCUGCUAUCUUCCAUACUUUUUGUCGUAAAACAUCUACUUCCAGUCUCAGUGUUGUAGAUGAAUAUGGUUAUGCUCUUCUCCAUCAUGCUUCCAUACACAACCGUGUGCCAAUUAUCUGUCAGCUGAUUAAAUCUCAUUUGAAUAUCAAUCAGAGGCGCAAUGUUCACUUUAACCCGGGAAGACGUUCACAGAAGAGUGAGACUAAGGGGGACAGAGCUGGAAAACCAAAUUUGCAAGAAAAGGAGACCUCUGGGGAAAGAACUGCUUUAGGCCCUACUGCUUUACACUUGGCAGCUCAGUGUGGAUCCAUUGAAGCACUUACUUGUCUUCUGGCCUUUAAGGCAGAUUAUAAAUUAACGGAUGAUCGAGGAUGGAUGGCUAUACAUUUUGCUGCAUUUUAUGACAACAUUUCCUGUAUCACGGUUCUCUGUAGAAAAGACCCAGAUCUACUAGAGGCUGAAACAACAGCUGAAUAUCAUUCUACUCCACUAUUGCUUGCAGCCACAUCUGGAGCAUUAGACACUCUUCAAUAUUUGUUUUCUCUUGGUGCCAACUGGAAGAAAACUGACAGUGAAGGAAACAAUAUAAUUCAUUUAGCAGUGCUGUACUUUCACACAGAAAUUCUCAAGCAUCUAAUACAGCUAGAUAAUCCAGAUCUUCCAGUUUGGAAUACUCUUGUAGAGAUGUUACAGUGUGAAGACUCUAUGAAGCCAGAAAUGGCAGUUAGAUCCUUGGAAGUUCUCUGUUUAGCAAAAGAUUUCUACUGGAAAUGCAUUUUGGAUUCAGGUGCUAUCCCCUCUCUAAUCAAUCUGUUGAAAGGCCACCAGAUCAAGCUGGCAUGUAUAACAUCAGGGGUGUUGAGUAACAUUUCACCACACAUCACCAUUUCUAAAGCUUUAGUAGAAGCAGGAGGCAUUUCAGUAUUAAUUGAAUUGUUGGGUUCUGGUGAACCUGAACUGCAAUCUCGCUGUGCUGUUAUCCUAUACGAUAUUGCCCAGUUCGACAAUAAUCAAAAUGUCAUUACUGAGCUGGGUGGAAUCCCUCCUUUGAUAAAUCUUUUGAAAAUUAAAUUACAGGAUUUGUUAGUUAAUGUAAUAAAUUGUAUCCGGGUUUUAUGCAUCCAGAACAAACAGAAUCAAAUCACAGUGAAGGAACAUCAGGGUAUUCCAGCACUUGUUGAGUUUCUAACUUCACAAUCAGAUGUGCUACAGGCUGUAUCUUCAGCAGCUCUUGCAGAGCUUGCUCGGGGGAAUGAGAAGAUGCAGGAUGCCAUUGCAGAUGCAGAUGCAAUUGGUCCUGUGGUUGAACUUCUCCGUGGAAGGAAAAUCACUGUGCAAGUGAAAGGUGCUAUGGCUAUAGAAGCACUAUCGGAUAACAAUACUCAUAUACAGAAACUGUUUCUGGAAAAAUCAGCAACAAAAUAUCUUUUAAAGCUCUUGAAGGCGUUUCACUUGACAGUUAAGGAACAAGGUGCUACAACUUUGUGGGCACUGGCAGGACAAACACUGAAGCAGCAAAAGCUUAUGGCAGAACAGAUUGGGUACAACUUUAUUAUUGAUAUGCUUUUGUCACCAUCUGAUAAAAUGCAGUAUGUUGGAGGUGAAGCAGUCAUAGCUCUUAGCAAAGAUAGCAAACUUCAUCAAAAUCAAAUAUGUGAAGGAAAUGGAAUUGGUCCUUUGGUUCGAUUGUUGAGAAGCACAAAGAUAGCAGAGGGCACGCUCCUGAGUGUCAUCAGAGCUCUGGGGACCAUUUGUAUUGGUGUGGCUCAUACAAACAAUCCAGUCAGCCAGGAAAACAUAGUGGAUGAACAGGCCUUACCAAUACUGGUUCACCUGCUUAAAAAUCAUAAUUCUCUUCAGAUAAAGGUUGAAGUUGCAUAUUCCUUGGCUUGCAUUGUUUUAAGGAACAGUAAUUUACAAACUGUGUUACAAGAGGAGGAAGGUUUCAAUUAUAGUGAUGUUCUUGAACUUCUUAAUGCACCUGAUAAGGAUAUUUGUUUACGAGCUGGAUAUGCUUUAGCCCUUUUUGCAUACAACAAUCCUGUCCAACAGUUCCUGAUAUUGGAGACCGGCGCAAUUAUGAUGUCUACAUUUGAACCUUUUCUACGAUCAGAAAUUGAGACAGAUAAAGCAAUGGCUGCAUUUCAGAUUGUUGUUUUAGCCAGAGUCAUAGUGGAUGUGGACCAAGUUACUUUGUCUGCAAGAGGUGUUACUAUUUUAGUUGAACUACUAAAUUCUAAAAAGACAGCUACUCUUGUUCUAACAGGGAAGUUAUUGGCUAGCCUGGCUCAUACAAGAGCAGGUGUUCCAGAAGCAAUUACUGAACUAGGAACUAUCAAACGUCUUUGUUAUCAUUUGUACUCAGAUAAAGAAGAGGUUCGUAUCGCCUCAGCUGGUGCUCUUGGAUACUUAACAUUUAACCGCACUGCUUAUCGCCAUCUAUUAGUGGAAUGCAGGAACAAACCCAAGCAGUUCACACGUCUAAUGAAUAACCUCAGCAGGGAUGCAAAAAUAAGCCAGGACUUUGUAAAAGAAUUCCAAAGGCAAAGACAAGUGGGGCUGCCUUCUUUAAGUUUGGUGAUAAAUGGAGGACCCCCUGCAGUUCCAACCUAUACUAAAGAGAGAUCACGAAGUAUUAGUAGUAGAAGACAAUUCAAAGCUAAAUUUCAUCCAAAGGACUCUCUUCUUUUAAUGCCUAUAUCUGCUCACUUAAUGGGAAAACUCAGAACUACAGACAAACCCUGUAGCCGAACCACUGGACUUCAUUCAUUUGCACAUGCAACUUUCGACAUCACAAAAGUUUCAAGACCAAGAAUUUUUAAUGUCAGCAAGCUCCGGCUUAAUUCACCAGGAAAGAAAGCUUGAGUCCAGU